UUUUCUAUCCACAAAUAGGCUGUUGUUUAGACAUGUAAGAGGAGGAGUGGUGUAAUAUGAUCCCUUCGCCCAGCUAGGAACAUGAAGGAUGCUUACUUGGCAAAACUAUCUCACAGAUAAGAUGAGACACAUCCCAAAGCAUUAUGGGUCUAUUACCUCUACGCACUGCAGGGAUAACACAGAGGGAACCUUCAGUCUGGGUUCCCACAGGGAGACAUUAUUAUUUAGUCGAGAAUCAGCGACGACCAUGGAGUACCGGAUGGUGAUUAUGUACGUGGAGAUCGGCUGCUUUGUAACCAGCCUGUGCGGCUGGAUCCUGGUGUGCUCCACUCUUCCCACCGAGUACUGGAUGUUCUCUGAGGUGGGCAGCACGGUGCUGACAACCGCCCACCACUACUCCAACCUGUGGAGAGACUGCGUCUCGGACACGACGGGGGUCUCCGACUGCAAGGACUACCCGUCCAUGUUGGCCCUGCCUGUGCACAUGCACGCGCUCAGAGCACUGGCGGUCUGCGCCGUGAUCACGGGGUUCUUUGGAGGCGUCCUCACGCUGAUCGGGAUGAAAUGCACUAAAAUUGGUGGGACAGAGAUUACCAACGCAAGGGUGACGUUUUCUGGUGGUAUAACCUACUUAGUUUCAGGUUUCUGUGGGAUGAUAACAUACUCGUGGUGGGCUAGUAGAGUCAUAACAGAGUUUGUGGAUCCAAACUUCAAGGCCAAAAAAUUUGAACUGGGUGCUGCUGUUUUCAUUGGCUGGGGAGGAUCCAUCCUGCUCAUUAGCGGGGGAACGGUGCUCACUUACUUCUCUGGAAAAGAAGGUCUACCAAAAAGUUCAUCAAAAGGCCCACGAAGGCCGGUUUCUUAUGCUACCGUCCACACCAGACGGACGUACAUGCAGCCGCCGUCGUCCAGAGUGACGCUGGUGCCGCCGCUGUAUUAUCCAGAUGGGAGGAGUCAAACAACCAGAGGGACAAGAAGAACCACUCCCAUCGAGAAUCGGGACACCUUCGUAUGAACUCAAAACUCAAAACAGAGUGACUGAGCGGAUUCUGUGGGUCCAUAAGGUCCGUCUGUUUGAAGAAGUUACAUUUUUUAAGAGUUUAAAGAGAAAUACAAGUUCUACUUUCUGGAUAAAUCCCCCUGAUAGUUUCUAAAGCAGUGGUUCUUAACCUGGGUUCAAACGAACCCCAGGGGUUCGGUGAGUCGGUCUCAUGGUUCAGCGGAGCCUCUGUCGCGGAGGUAAAGACUCACUUGUGUAAAGUCGUGAUGACGCCCCGCUUUGCCAUCACUUGCUGCAGAGGAUCACGUUACAUUGCUUAGCC